AUGAAUGAAUAUCAAAUAAUCGAAAUUCUUAUUGCCUAUUGGCCAUUAGUUCAUCUAGAAAUUUACCGUCUUCUACCAUUAUCGUCGAUGUUAUUUCAGAUUCAUAAUCAACAACCAGAUGAUGAAAUUGAUUCAAUUGCAAAAAUUUUAGAAAGAAAAUUACCCGAUGGUUCGUCAUUAGUCGAUUAUAUUGUCAUGGGUUUAGUGAAUAAACAUAGAAGUUUGUCACGUCUUAAAAUUGUUGAUUUUCAUCGAUGUUCAUCAAGUGCUCAAAUGACAAAGGAACUUUUUCGUUUACCAUUACUAUGGACUUCACCAGAAAAACGUCGUUCAUUACAAAAACGAAUGUCUAUUGAAAAAACAAAACUAGACAAGUAUAUUGAAGGAUUCAAUUAUGUGUAUCAAUACUAUGAUAAAUCAAUUGGACAUGAAGUUAAUUUUGAACCUAUAAAAAUUAUUCAUGAUUGUCAAAUAAUAAAUGAAGAUACAAUCGUCGGCCUUGAAAUUCAACAGCUAACUCCGUUUCGAUUCCAUUUUCAUAAAUUAUGGAUCAAUAAUUAUUUUCGGCAAAUUUUACCACCCAAUAUAUCAUUCGAUAUUAAUUUAGUUUUAACUCUCACAAAUGUUGAUAACAUCACACAUUUUCAUUUAAGUGAUACAAAUAUGGAAACAACAGAAAAUGAAUUAAAAUUACUUGUACGAUGUUUAUCAAAUCUACGUAAUUUGCGUGUACUCUGUUUACAACGUGUUCUUAAUUUAUAUCCUAAUCGAUAUACAACACCACAUAUACUAAUGAAUUUAUGUACAGAUUUCAAUCGACUAUUACGUCGUUUAAUUUAUUUACGAAAACUUGAUUUAUCCUAUUCAUAUCUUCAAUCUUAUAUUCGUAUUUUAUUUAGUGGCCUUAUUCAACCACUAGAAUAUCUGAAUUUACAAGAUUGCCGUUUAAUAUCAAAUGAUUUAGAAUUUCUACUAUCAAUGCGUAAUUUACGGCAUUUAAAUGAAAUGAAUUUAAGUAUGAACAAUUUUGGUACACGUGCGUGUUCAAAUAUAAUUUUACAACUUAUUCCUCGUUGUUCGCAAUUAACAAUACUAUCAAUUGGCUAUUGUUCAUUGCAAGCGUCGACGAUUGGACAACUAGCUGAUUAUUUUAUUAAAGAAAAAAAUGAAACGAAAAUUUCUUACCUAUCAUUUAAAUCUAUAAUACCGUAUUAUAAUUAUGAAUUCGAUGUUUUAUUACAAAAAUUUGGACAAAUAAAAACAUUAAAAAAGAUUUUAUUAUUUCCACAAUUACAUACUUAUCCAGGUGCAAAUGAUGAUGAAAGAGAAAUAGUAGCAAGAGAACUCUAUCGCAGAUGUUGCCAAACUUUGCAAACAUUAAAUAGACAAGAUUUAGAAAUAUUAUGA